AUGGCAGCGGGAGCGGGCUCUGUGCGGAUCCUGAUUAAAGGCGGGAAAGUUGUAAAUGAUGACGUGACGCAGGAGGCUGACGUCUACGUUGAGAACGGCGUCAUUCAGCAGGUUGGGCGUGAGCUCAUGAUUCCGGGUGGAGCGAAGGUGAUAGACGCUUCCGGAAAGCUGGUGUUGCCAGGAGGGAUUGACACGAGCGUCCACCUGUCAGAGAGCUUCAUGAACGCCACCACGCUGGAUGACUUUUACAGUGGCACAAAGGCUGCACUGCUGGGGGGGACAACUAUGGUAAUCGCUCACGUUUUGCCAGAGAGAGACAGCUCUCUGCUGGAGGCCUACGAGAAAUCUCGCUCUGUGGCUGAUCCCAAAGUCUGCUGCGACUAUGCCCUGCACGUUGCUGUCACCUGGUGGGGGCCUAAGGUGCGUAAUGAGAUGGAGGUGCUGGUGAAGGAGAAGGGAGUGAACGCGUUUCAGAUGUUCAUGACUUAUAAAGACACGAUGAUGCUGAGGGACUCAGAGCUGUAUCAGGCCCUGCAGACCUGCAGAGCCAUCGGCGCCGUCCCACGCGUUCACGCUGAAAACGGAGAACUGGUGGUCGAGGGGGCAAAAGAAGCUCUGGACCUGGGCAUCAGCGGACCAGAGGGUAUAGAGAUCAGUCGGCCAGAGGAGUUGGAGGCAGAGGCUACGCAUCGUGCCAUUACCAUUGCAAACCGGGUUCACUGUCCUCUCUACCUGGUGAACGUGUCCAGCACAUCAGCAGGGGAUAUCAUUGCUGCUGCUAAGAUGCAAGGGAAGGUCGUCCAGGCGGAGACGACGCUUGCUCACUCGGUGUUGAAUGGAAUGAAUUAUUACCAUCAGGACUGGGGUCAUGCUGCUGCCCACGUCACGGCCCCGCCCCUACGGCUCGACCCCCACACCCCAAACUACCUCAUGGGCCUGCUGGGCAAUGACACUGUGAACGCGGUGGCGUCGGAUCAUCGUCCCUUCAGCACCAAGCAGAAGGCCAUGGGCAAGGAGGACUUCACCAAAAUCCCCCACGGGGUGGCCGGGGUCCAGGACCGCAUGAGCGUCAUCUGGGAGAGAGGAGUGGUUGGAGGGAAGAUGGAUGAGAAUCGUUUUGUUGCCGUGACGAGCUCGAAUGCUGCGAAGAUCUAUAACCUUUACCCCCGCAAAGGUCGCAUCGUACCCGGGGCGGAUGCAGACGUGGUGGUGUGGGACCCAGACGCAACUCGGGUCAUCUCUGUGAACACACAGGUGCAAGGUGGAGACUUCAACUUGUACGAGAACCUGCGUUGCCAUGGUGUCCCCUUGGUAACCAUCAGCCAUGGUCGUGUGGUGUGUGAGAAUGGUGUCUUCAUGUGUGCUGAAGGAUCCGGAAAGUUCUACCCCCUGCGACCGUUCCCAGACUAUCUCUAUAAGAAGAUGGUGCAAAGAGAGAAGACUCAGGCGCUGAAGGCUGUCGACAGACCUGCUUACUCUGGCAACAUUGCCAUGGUAACCAACUCUAGUAAAAAGGAAUGUGGCACCGCUGAUGGAGACCUUCCCCCUCGCACCACCAGCCGACACGGGGGCAUGAGAGACCUACACGAAUCCAGUUUCAGCCUGUCAGGAGCCCAGGUGGAUGAUCAUGUUCCCAGGAGAUCAUCGGCUAGGAUUCUGGCUCCCCCUGGUGGCCGCUCCAGUGGCAUCUGGUAA